GUGAGCCCCGCCGGCCGGCUGAGCUGGGACCGCGCGGCCCGGGGGAGUUGGACGAACGGGACGGCGACGGUGGGCUUGGCGGCGCGGCUCGGCCUCUCCCGGGAAAGAACGAUGGGGCGCGCGGGCGCCGGGGAGCGGGCGCCGGUGUAGGACGCGCGGCGCCUGGCCCGGGAGCGCGCGGCGGCGGGCGCGGGGAGGCCUGUGAGGGCCGCCUCCCCGAGCGCCCGGCCUCCGGCGCCAUGGCCCCCAUGGGCAUCCGUCUGUCCCCGCUGGGGGUGGCCGUAUUCUGCUUGCUGGGGCUCGGCGUGCUCUACCACCUCUACUCGGGCUUCCUGGCCGGCCGCUUCAGUCUCUUCAGCCUGGGCGGCGAGCCGGGCGGCGGCGCGGCGGGGCCCGCGGGCGCGGCGGACGGGGCCACCGUGGACCUGCGCGAGAUGCUGGCCGUGUCGGUGCUGGCGGCCGUCCGCGGCGGCGAGGAAGUGAGGCGCGUCCGCGAGAGCAACGUCCUCCACGAGAAGUCCAAGGGGAAGACGCGCGAAGGAGCCGAGGACAAGAUGACCAGCGGGGACGUGCUGUCCAACCGCAAGAUGUUCUACCUGCUCAAGACCACCUUCCCUACGGUGCAGAUAAAUACUGAGGAACACGUGGAUGCAACUGAUCAGGAGGUUAUCUUAUGGGAUCGUAAGAUUCCUGAGGACAUCCUGAAGGAAAUAGCCGCCCCUAAAGAGGUACCAGCGGAAAGUGUUACUGUGUGGAUCGACCCACUUGAUGCUACACAGGAAUAUACAGAGGAUCUUCGAAAGUAUGUCACUACUAUGGUGUGUGUGGCUGUAAAUGGUAAACCUGUGCUAGGAGUAAUACAUAAGCCAUUUUCUAAAUAUACAGCAUGGGCAAUGGUAGAUGGUGGGUCAAAUGUGAAAGCCCGCACUUCCUACAAUGAGAAGACCCCAAGGAUCGUUGUGUCUCGCUCCCAUUCAGGAAUGGUCAAACAGGUUGCUCUUCAGACUUUUGGAAACCAGACUACAAUUAUCCCAGCUGGUGGUGCUGGUUAUAAAGUUUUAGCGCUCUUGGAUGUGCCUGAUAAAAGUCAAGAAAAAGCUGAUCUAUAUAUCCAUGUGACAUACAUCAAAAAGUGGGAUAUAUGUGCUGGCAAUGCCAUCUUAAAAGCCCUUGGGGGGCAUAUGACUACCCUGAGUGGUGAAGAAAUCAGUUAUACUGGUUCCGACGGCAUUGAAGGAGGUCUGCUCGCUAGCAUCAGUAUGAACCAUCAGGCUCUGGUCAGAAAACUCCCAGAUCUCGAGAAGACAGGACAUAAAUAAGCAAGGCUAAUUACAAGUCCCAGCUUUUCCAGAGCUGAGCAGUCAGCCUGAAAUGUUGGAGGCUUCAAAGGAUCGGUGAAGACUAUGCAUGGUUAAGGCCAUCCCAAACUUUUUAAAGUAUUUAUGAAGCAUCAGAGAUUUAUUUUCCCUGUGAUAGGAUGCGAGAUCAGGGAAAAUGGGUUGCUUCGUGUCUCAAGUAUUGUCUUUAUUUUUGAGACUAUUUUCGUACGGUUGUCAUACACAAGGCGCAUAUAAAUAUAUAUAUAUAUAUAUAUAUAUAUAUUUGUGAAUUAAAAACCUAUAGCUUAAGUCUACAUUGUUGUGAGUCACCAUUUUCACAUAACAUCAUGAAUCUUCAAUAUUUGUUAGUACUUUUCAUAUAGAAUUGGGCUGAAGAGAAAGGAUUGAUUUUGUGUAGAUGUUUAUACUAUUCCUUUACAGUUAUAUCUCAUUGAAAAUAAAGUAAUUGGGGGUUUUUACCCCUAAUUAAGAUGGAAAGCACAAGAAGCCACAUACUCAUUAAUAUGCAACAAAUGCUUUAGUUGUCUGUUACUGAUUAUUUCUUCUAGAUUAAAAUAGAAAAAACUUAAAUUUUUUUCCUUUGAAAUUUUAAUAACAGGUUCACCAGCUAGUAGAGAAUAUAGACAUGAUGGUUGCGUUGUAAUUGUAAUUUCUGUGUGUGUUUUGUUUUUAUAAAGAAAAGUGUUUGUACCCGUGGGUUCAACAUUUCUGCCAUCUUGUUGAUUUUUGUUUGCCCUGUAGACAGUGCAUGGUUCCAUCCUUUCCCUCUUGACCAACAUUUAGUCUUUAAAUUGUAAGGUUUGGACUAAGGUUUCAGGGUUAGCACUAGGAUUUUGGUGCAUUUUCUCAUUAGGGACAAAAUAUACUGUAAAGCACUGUAAGAAUAUAAUUGAUUCUAUCAUUAAUUGAAAAUUAUUUGACAUUACAUGAAUUGAACUAGCUUUCGUUAUUUUCAAAAGCCUUGUUUUAGUAGUUUUUAAAAAAUUUGCCGGGUUUAUAUGUAGAGAUUCUCAGUAUCAAGAGUGAGUUAUGGCUGCUUUUGCCGUGGUUGCUUUUACCAUUAAUAAAGGGAUCUAACCUAACCAAACUCAAGCUAAUAACUCUUGAGAUACCUUAUAGUUGCCCAUCAGAUUAAAAUAAUGAAGGUUAAAGUUACUUUCUGAUGAGUUUUUUUCUAUUCAGAAUGCAGAAUCUGGUUGGAAGAAAGGUCGUGGCAUGUGUCAUUGUAAGUAGAACCUUUCUUGAUGAACUGUCUCUCAUUGGGAUAUCUGAUUUCUCUCACUGUGGUAUCUGGAAACUUCACGUAAACAAUACCAUUAUUUCAUGUGACUUUGAUGUCCUUGUAUUCCAUAAUACACUGAUAAGGAGAGAGAUUUCUCAUAAUUUCUUUCUUUUAAAUUUUUAACCCUAAAAUAACUUUCCAUUUAUUUUCCUGUCUUGGAGGUAAAAUUGACCAAAGAGUGGACAUCCUCACCUGGUGGAAUGUGCAUACAACUUUAGGUUUGCAUAUUACACUGCACAAAACCCUUUAAUUCCUCAUGAGGGAAUUGAAUCUAGUGUGAUCCACAUAGCCACCUAAUCUCUAGCAACCGCUCACAAAUCUCAUAGGGUAGUGGACCUCAGUAGGUAGGCUUCUGUUCAGUGAAAAUUCAUUCAAAGUUUUGGUAGUUGGAACACUUGAUAUUUAAACAGGACUUAGGAAUUCUGAACAGCGUAUUGGAAACUUCAUCUUUUUACUUUGCAAUGAGAUGAGGAAAUGUUUUUUCUCAGGAGAGAUGGCAAAGGCAUAUGCUGUUUCCAGAGUCCUGUGGUAUAAGCAUUGGUUUUAGUCUCAAUGUGUCAAACAUAGGGAAAUAGGACUGGCAUAUUAGGAAAUAGAAUUUAAUUGGAGGGUUUUUCCUCAAUAUGACAUGGAAACUUUCUGAUUUAAUGGAAAUGGAACUAGUUCAUAUUAGCAAGCAUGAUUGGUUUUAUUUUUAAUAUCAUUAAUCUGCAUGUAGAUAAUGACUUGUGAAAGGCUUGUGUUUUAUGCAAAAAUUAAGACCUUGGCUGACAGUUAAAUGCAUUAUUUUUAUAAUUUGUUGGGUAUACUCUAGUUACUAAUGAUUUUUAAGUGCUUUUAUAGGAAGUUCAUUUAAAAAAUUGUUUUUGUUUCUAAAAGUCAAUAUACAUUACAGAACUAAUAUAAGUACAAAGAACAGUAUUUAUAUUUAUUUAUGUAAGACAUUAUUGUGCCAGAACAUACCAGUAAAACACCUUCAUGAGUAAGUGAGGCAUGUAAUAUCUCCCAGAAUUACAAUGAAUAAAAUUAUUUCUAAAAUGUAGCAAAACAGCUAGAGUUUACUUUUAGUGACCCUCACUUCCCCAACUCCUGGUCUUUCGUUUCUCUUUCCUUUGCCCUUAUUUACAGCAUAAUUUGCCCAUAAAAUUAAGUUUUACAUGUCACAUUUAGUAAAAGCAGUGACAUCAGUAACUUCAGUAUCCAUCAACUGUCCCGUCCCUCUGCCCUACUUCCUCUCUACCUUGUUCCCUAUCUCCUUAGCCUGUUCAUGGGCUCCUUUUAUUUCUGCUUCUCUUUCUUAACCAAUCUACUCUUCCCCAGCACUUACGCUGAUUCUCUCGUAGACCUCUUUCUCUCAGGAUUGGUAGAACUGAGACUCUAGGAAAGUUCCCAGUGGGAGAGAGCAAUCCUGGCAGAGUCCUCGUUGGCUAUUACUUUUUACAGACUCUCCUGAAAAAGUAGAGGAAAGUCACCUUCAAAACCACAAAGCUUUACACUGUCAAGUCUAAGCCAAUGCCUCUGUCUUUACAUAGCAUUUCUUCUGACCCGUCCUUCAAAGAGUGAAAACGCAGAAAAUACAAGAGAGUUGGGUAUAUAAGCCUGCUUGAGAAAACUUGCUUUUUUCUAUUAGUUUUCAUGCUUGCAACCCUAUUUCAGUUGAGGUUAUAAGGGCCUAUAAGAUGGGACAUAUUUGUCUUUUGUGUUCAAUUGUUUCCCCCAAUUUUAGUGUUUUUUCCUUGAUUUUAACAAUAUUUAAAUGAAUUAUUUAUGGCUGUGUAAUGAAGAGUUUUGGUUUAUGUGUUUUAAGUAACAAUUGUGCAGAUUCUUGCUGUUUCCUUUGAACCUUGUGCAAAUUGGAUCAGAUGAAGUAGGGGAAGAGCAGAGGCCAAGAAGAGGGUGGAAAAGAAGAAAGACAGCCCCAGGAAGGAUAGCAGAGGGAGAGUACAAAGCCACAUGUGCCGUCACCCCCAUAAUCAGGAACUCCACCCUUGUCUCAGAUGCUUAAGUCAAAAAUUGGAUUUCCCUUCCGGCUUUGAGGGUGACGACUCUCUAAUAGGGCAAGCCUAAGUAGAGAAAGCUGGGGCGCUCCCCCCAGUUCCUGAGAGAAAUAUCCAGCUUGCCUCUGCUUGGUAAAACCUUGAAAAUGGCCUCAUGGAGACAAUCUUUUGCAGGUUAAAAACAAAUUGUUUGGCUUAUCCAACUGCAACUACUUAUCUUGGCUAUGUGUUGAUUGGUCCUGGAUAAAAAUAAUGAUUUUUCAUUUUAGAUCUUGGUUGAAUUUAAGAUGUGUUUAAUUAUUUUCAGUAUAUGCCUACAAAGAGUCUGUCUUGUAACUGUUGUGUAAAAUAGACUUAAUCUGUCAUUUCAUUUUUGUCCUAAAAAAAGUUGUGCCUUAACAAUAGGGCAUUGUAUGUUAAUAAGGGAAAACAAAAUCUUUUUUUAAUAGAUGGGGAAAAUAGGAACUUUUUGCCAUUUUAAGAUUUAAGUUCUUGUGAUGUUUUUAAUAUUAGAGUUGGGGAAAAUUCAUUAAAGUUAAAUAAAAUUGAUAUAAAAUUAUUUUUGCAUAAUCUAGCACUUACAACUAAAAUACAUUUUUAUAAGAACUGGCAUCUUGAUGUAUAUAGGACUGAAGUGAUACUUCAUCCUUUGGUUUUUAAUUUGAAUUAAUAAUAUAAGACCAGGAUAGAUUACAUUUUUUAAAAAAGUUUCUUUUUAAAUCAUUUCAGUGUGCUCUUAUAUGUUCUCCUAGUCCUCUGAGUCACUUGGGUUUUAGAAUUGCUGUUUAUUCAUGGUACCAUAUCAACAAUUUAUUACUGUUAAAAAAUACUGUAUGUUGUAUGACGUAACAAACCAGAGCAGUUCCUAGAUGGGGGAGCCUUCUGAUUAGCAGUUAAUAAGAGGGCAAGAAGCAUUGGACUUCGUACUUGAGAAGGAGGUUUUGGUUUAUGAGGUGCUGGUUAUGUAAGUGGUUUAUUUUUAUUUCCUCAAAGCCUGGCAGGUGCUUCCAUUCCAGUUCACCAUUGGUAAAGGCUUACAGGAAAGCUUUUCCUUUGUUUAAAUUAUUUUUAAAGUUGGGCAGUGUAUUAAUUUUGUGGGAAAAUGAAAUUUAUAAGUAGUUUUCCUCUGAGAUAAAAUAACUCAAACUUUCAGAAGCCAAGGAUGAUGAAAAACAUUAAAAUAACUUGUUAUAUAUUGUGUUUGUCGGGGGUCCCUAAAGUAUUAUGAUUAAGGUAAUUUGUGGAAAUUGCAAAAGCAGAAACUGUGAUGUUUGAUUGGUAGUAUGUUCCUUUAAGAUUCUUUUUGAGGUGUAUGUUAUACACAGUAAAUUAUUCAGGAAAGACUUGCUCAUCCUGUAUCUUUUUAAAUAGGAAAUACAGCAUGCCAAGCCAUCAUUAGAUCAGUUAGCCUGCAAAGACUUCAUCUCUCUCCCCAAACUUUCUCUUCUAAGCCAUCUUCAUCAUUUAUGUUGAAUUAAGGAGGGAACAUUUAUGGACUUCAGUUUCUGUGUGCCCUUACGUCCACCACUGGCAGUAGCCAAAGCUAGCUUCAUAGUCUAACAGGAGAGAUCAUGUUCUGCCAUCAGGAACUGUGAUGCUGCCCAGUGCGUUUUUUUCCCCCAUUUGAUGGUGUUACUUAAGCUUCUAAAUGUGUAUACACUACACAAGGGAUUGACUUUACACUAAAACUAUGAAAUGGUGUUCCCUGCCUAUGUCCCUGCCUGUUGAAACUUUGUUUUUUAUCAUCCUCACUUCCUGUCAAUCUCUUUCUUAUAAUGGGCUAAUCAUGGAGGGGAUUAGAAUAAAAAUAAAUACCUUUGACUAUCCCUUCCCCUUUGACACAUUUAAAGCUGUAGAGGAGCUAGACCGUUUCCUGUUGCUGAGACACCAGAGUUUUCCUUUCUUGGCGUGCUAUACCCUGCCUCACCCACACCACCAAAUUUAAGAGUCCCGACUUCAACCCCCUGUGGGAAGUAGUCUCCUCCCGCCAUGUCUGUAGAGCAGUUUGUACCCCGCCAUAGCGCUCAGUUUUGUAUGUGCUAGUGUAAACUUCUUAGGGACAGGGGUCAUGUCUUGGUGAUUUUUGUGUUUCCACCUCCACCCCAGCAGCUAGCCCAAUGUCUUGAACAAAUAAGGUGCGUGAUGUCUCUUGAACUAAACUGAGUAAAAGGUUACUACUAGCAUUAGGAUUUCUCAUGCCUCAGUUGUGUCAGCUGGUUGUUUGUUUUGUUUCCUCUGCAAAUAUUUAUGAUUAUCAGCUCAAAAACACUAAAUUACUUUUAAGAGUUUUGCUUUCUUUACUUCGGAUGCUACCCCAUGGCCAAUUAGCUCUAGAAAAUGUCAUUGCCUCAAAUUAAAUGAUUAUCCCAAACUCUCUGCCAAACUGAAAUUUGAAUUUUCUGAAUAAAUUGGUCAUGUCUGAAAGA